GACUCAUUUCCCCUUCCUGUCAAACUGACUCUCAUGUCUCGACAAAAACCAUAAAGAAUCAGCAAUCAGUGGAGAAUGAAGAAAAAUGCUUUAUAGAAGGAUUUUUGAAACGUUUGUUUCUAAAAAGACAGCAGAUCUUUGUUAUUCUUGUGGAUAUUCAUUUUCGAAACCACCAUUCAGAAAGUGAAAGUAAAGUUUAUAUUGCUGGAGCUUAAACAGUGAAAAUGGCUUCAGCAGCUGAAGAUGAUUAUAUUUGUCCUGUAUGUCAUGAAAUCUUCAAGGCUCCCGUUAUUUUAUCAUGUAGUCACAGUUUCUGUAAAGAGUGUCUUCAACAGUUCUGGAGAAUCAAGAAAACUCAGGAGUGUGCUGUCUGCAGGAGAAGAUCCUCAAAAGAUAAACCUCCAUGUAAUCUGGCAUUAAAAAACUUGUGUGAGUCGUUCCUGAAGGAGAGAAAUGAGAGGAGUUCAUCAGGAUCUGAGGAGAUCUGCAGUUUACACAGUGAGAAACUCAAACUCUUCUGUCUGGAGGACAAACAGCCUGUGUGUUUAGUGUGCUUUACUUCACAACAACACGUCAAUCACACAUUCAGACCCAUCAGUGAAGUCGUUUCAUCAUAUAAGGAGGAGCUCAAUACAGCACUGAAGUCCUUACAGAAGAAACUUCAACACAAUGAAGAAAUGAAAGGAGAGUUUGAGAAAACAGUUCAACACAUCAAGUCUCAAGCUGAGCACACAGAGCGUCAGAUUAAACAGCAGUUUGAGAAGCUUCAUCAGUUUCUCAGAGAUGAAGAAGAAGCUACAAUCACUGCACUGAGGGAGGAAGAGGAGCAGAAGAAGCAGAUGAUGAAGGAGAAGCUGGAGGAGAUGAACAGACACAUCUCAGCUCUUUCACACACAAUCAAAGACAUGGAGGAGAUGAUGAAAGCCAAUGACGUCUGCUUUCUGAAGGAGUUUCCAGUCUCAAAGGAAAGAGUCCAGAGCUCACAGCCGGAUCCACAGAUGGCUUCUGGAGCUUUGAUUCAUGUGCCACGUUACUUGGGCAACCUGCCGUUCAGAGUCUGGAAGAAGAUGCAGGACAUCGUCCAAAACACUUCUGUCAUUCUGGAUCCAAACACUGCAAAUCCAUGGCUCAUCCUGUCUGAUGAUCUGACCAGUGUGAGAUACAGCGGGAUCAAUCAACCUCUUCCUGAUAAUCCAGAGAGAAUUGACCAUUAUCCCUGUGUUCUGGGUUCAGAGGGGUUUAACUCAGGAACACACUGCUGGGAUGUGGAGGUUAAAGAGAGUUCAGAGUGGACUCUUGGAGUAACUACAGCAUCAAACCAGAGGAAGGGGUGGGGUUUCUACAACACCGAUGUCUGGAGUGUGGAGUAUGAUGUGGAUGGAGAGUGUGAAUCAUCUAUGAAUGAAUUUUGUGUUAAUCAGAAGCUUGAUCGUGUAAGAGUGUAUCUGCACUAUGACGGAGGAACGGUGUCAUUCUCUGAUCCUGUAACUAACACACAUCUACACACAUUCACAACCACCUUCACUCACACACUCUUUCCAUUCUUCAGUUGUUAUGAUGGAUCUCUGAGGAUCUUAGCAGUUAAUAGUCAGUAAUUGUUACUCCUGUAGGUCUGGAUCUUCCUGCUUUCAUCAUGUUUCCAAUAUUUAAUCCAGAUCACAUGAGUAACAAUGCUGUUGAUCUGUAUAUCAGUACGAUUGGGCCGUGAUGAUCACAUGACUGAUAUCAGCACUACAGCAACACACACACUCUCAUAUUGCUUUAAUACAACAGAUCAAUAAACAAGAAGUUUUCAUUUAUGUUCCACUUCACACAAUUAGACCGAUUGGAGAGCAUUUUAUUAUUCAUUUACCUGAUUAUUUCAGUCAAGUGUGUUACGACCUUGUCUUUUCCUUCGUCACCUGGUGGUGGCAUGUCAAAUUGGAUAAUUUAUGGGUGGAGAGUAUAAAUAUCUGGCUGAUCUACUCAACCGUACUUCCUCUGGUAGAACGUGUUUCUCCAGAGAAGUCAUUUGCUCCAACCUGCUUUCAUUUUGUUCUUCCCAACCUUUCUUACCCAUUGGAUUCUUAUUUUCUUUUGUUUAUUUAAUUCCCUAGACAUUGUGCUAUUUUGUUUGGAACAGAUAAUUUUGUAAUAAACAUGGCAAUUCAAAGAA